AUGUGGGUGAAACCUUCAGAAAUAUUAGUCACAGCAUUCUGGUCUACAGACCGAGCAAAUCCCUAUUUUGCCUUACAACGUCGUCGUGGACAAGAUGAAGAACGCAGUGGAUUUACAUCAUUAUUCGUAGCUACAAUUGAUUCUGUAUUUGAAACAAAAACUAAUCGAUAUCGAAUAUUACAUCAACGUCCGGACUCAGAAGUUUAUCAUCUUGUUGCAGAAGCGGAUACGAAACACGAAAUUGAACAACAUUGGAAAUGGAUAGAAGAAAAUUUGAUGCCAACUUUAGGUACGAUAGAUAAAGGUGUAGAUGUUACAGAUUAUGUUACAUGUAAAAUAAAAAGUCUUUGUGCCCAAUCAGACGACAAUGAACUUGACGAUUUUGAAUCUGAAAAGUUUAAGAAUGCUGCUAAAAAAUUUCAUAAAUUAUUUACAGUGCCAUCAGAUGAGAAACUUGUUACAUAUUACUCAUGUUCAUAUUGGAAAGGUCAUGUACCACGUCAAGGUUGGAUGUAUUUAAGUGUUAACUAUUUAUGUUUUUACUCAUAUUUAUUGGGUAAAGAUCUUACUAUUGUUUUAAAAUUUACUGAUAUAACUUCAUUAGAACGUGUUCAAGCCUACCUGUCUGAAGCUAUUCGCAUUUCAACAAGAGUAAAUGUUCAUGAAUUUACUAUGUUUAGACGGAUUGAUGAGACAUUUCAAAUGUUAGAACAGUUGGCAAAUUUUGCUGCUAAAAAAUUAUUAUCUGAUAAAGGUGCUUUUAAAGAAGAGGAUUUCUUUCCAGCAGUAACAAAGAAAACUGCUCCAAAAGUCAUUUCUCAACUAAAACGUGAUCUCGAUGCAAAAUCAAGAAGUGAAACGUAUAGAUGUCGUUUUCGUCUUCCACGAAACGAACGUUUGGAUGGUGAAACAUCAUGUUCAUUGUGGACGCCCUAUAAUAGACAAAAUGUAUCUGGAAAGAUUUAUAUUUCAUCCGACUUUAUCUGUUUUGCUAGCCGAGUUCAUCAUCAAGUUAAUGUAAUUAUUCCGUUGAGAAAUGUAAUGGUUGUUGAAAAACCUACACAAAUUACCUCGGAUAUAGACAAUUCAACUGCUUUGAUAAUAUUAACGAAAGAACGAGGCAAUUUUUUAUUUUCUAACUUUGCUGAACGUGAAAUUGUCAUUAAUAAAUUAUCGGAUAUGUUAUCGCAACUACAAGGAACACUUUCACCCACUCCUUCGAUUACACAGUCACCGUUUGAAUUAUCUAAUCCAUUAUAUACCCAGUUCUGCGAAACAUAUUCGGAUCGACGUAGAUCAUUAGAGAAAACUAAAGAAGCCGCUUGGGACAACCAUUUUUUACUAUAUGGAAAAGGACCCACCAUGUACAGAACGAAUGAAAUAUACGAAUUACUUUUUAAUGGUUUACCAGACUCGAUGAGAUCCGAAAUAUGGCUGAAUUUCAGUGGUGCUAUUCACGAGAAAACAUUAAAUCCAAAUGUCUAUAUUGAAUCAGUACAAAAAUCACGUGAAAAUAAUAAUGAUCAAAUUUUUGAAGAAAUUGAACGAGAUGUUUACAGAGCUCUUCCUGAUCAUAAAGCAUUUCAAAAUGAAAAUGGUAUAAAUGCAUUGAGACAUCUGUUAAGAUCAUAUGCUUGUUAUAAUCCCGAUGUUGGUUAUUGUCAAGCAAUGAAUAUAAUUGGCGGUGUAUUAUUAUUAUAUAUGAAUGAAGAAGAUGCAUUUUGGACACUUGCAUCAAUAUGUGAACGUUUAUUACCCGAUUAUUAUAAUACAAAAGUUGUUGGUGCUCUUAUAGAUCAAGGUGUAUUUACUGAUUAUUGUAAAGAAUAUCUUCCAGAUUUAUAUGAAAAAUUGAAAACAUUGGGUAUAGCCAGUUGCAUUAGUUUAUCAUGGUUUCUAACAUUAUUUGUUUGUGUUUUACCAUUUGAUUCAGCAAUUUAUGUUAUGGAUAUCUUUUUUUUUGAUGGUAUUAAGGUUUUAUUUCAAAUAGCUUUAGUUAUUUUAUAUGAAAAUCGUGAUAAAUUAUUAAAAUGUAAUGAUGAUGGAGACGCUAUUUUGGUAUUAACAAGUUAUUUAGAAACAAUAACAAAUCCAAUACGUAAACUCGAUGAGAAAGAAGAAUCAACAGAUGAAAAUCCGUCAAUUGUUGAUUUAAUAAAACAAUCUUAUAUGAAUUAUAAUGGAAUUAAUGAAGAUGAUGUGAAUAAAUUACGUUUAAAACAUCGUUUAAAAGUUGUACAAGGUAUGGGAGAAAGUUUAUCACAAAGUGCCGCAAAAAAUACAAUUAAAUAUUGUCAAUUCAAAGAAUCAGAAAUUAAAGAUUUAUUCUAUGUAUUCAAAGAUACUUCUCGAAUAUCGUUGACAGAAGCUGUUGAUCCACGAAAACUUGCCUAUGAAACUUAUCGUGUUGGUAAGACAGAAUUUGCAGUUUUAUACAAAUAUAUAUCACCAUGGUACGUUGGCGAAGCACCCGAACAUCUUUGUGAACUAUUAUUUCAUACUAUUUGUUUAUAUUCUAAUUCAUCAAUGUAUACAUCAUCACCAAAUACAUUAUCACAUGAAAUUGAUUUUCCAAAAUUUAUUCGACUAUGCAAUAUAUUGUAUCAUGGAGAUUUUAAAUUAAAAUUAAAACUAUUAUUUAUAGCACAUUUUGAUGAUGAUGAUCGACGCAUUCAAGCUCUACCAACAUUAUUUCCAAUCUCACAAACAGAAGUUAGAAAAUCAUUUUCAUCCACAUCAUUAACAUCGUCUACAUCUUCAUCAACGAAUCGUCCUAUUGAUAUACCAGAUUUUAUUGAUGAAUCGGAUCAAGUUAAUAAUAAUAUUCAAAUAAUAAAAACAUCAGUUGAUGAUACAUCUCAACAAGAUUUGAUAAAUGAAGAGCCAAUUCAUUUAAAACAGAGUGAAAUAUGUAAACCAUUUCGUCGUAUUUCAACGUCAACUCUCUCUAGUGAUACAUCAUCAUUGACGCUUUCUACUGAUCAACACUUAACGACCGAUAUUGAUAAUGCAAAUAAUAAAAUUGAAUAUGAAUGGGCAAUUAGUUUUGAACAGUUUGAAGCUGCUAUGAAUGCUGAAACAAGUAUUAUCAAUUGGUUUGAAAUAAAAUAUUUAAUAGACGAUAAAAUUGCCAAUUAUAAUCAAGAUUUUUUGAGAUAA